AUGACCCUAUUAUUGUUCUUUCUCGGCGCUGGUGUUGGUCUUGGCGUUCAAGUACCAGUGUUCGCCGUACAGACAGUUCUUCCAGACAAUGACAUGGCCACUGGAGUCGCUAUCACGGGGUCCACAGGACUUCUCGCAUCUGCGCUUUUUGUUUCGGCAUCUGUCGUGUUAUUCCAGAAUCGCUUGGCGGUAGAGGCGGCACGUCACGCACCUGGGACUGAUCAGAGUAUUUUUGACGACGAAGGUCUCGAGGAUGUGAGUGGGCAAAUAGGAUCUGCUAAGCUUGGUGUCUUGCUUUCUGGGUAUUAUGAGGCGUUGAUUCAGACGCUUUAUAUCCCUGUUGCGUUGGCUUCGUUGUCUGUUUUGGCGAGCGUAUCAAUGGAAAGGAGGAAGGUUAAGAAGUCACAGUACUCUUUACCCUUGAUAUUGGUUGGAAUGCUGCGAGAAUCUCCCGAACAACGUCACGCAGGGCCUGCAGCUCUUUGUCAGCGCUGGGGGGUAACGCAGACUGCUCUCAUUCAGACAACCUGGGCAAUUGUUCUCGGAGCUUUCACAAACCACGACGACGUCUACUUUGGAUACCUGGCUUCCGAUCGAGAUGCUUCGUUGGACGGCUCCGACUCCAGUGUCGGGCUCUUUAUGAGCAUGCAGAACAUUAUUGGUGUGAAAGGCAGAGCACUAUUCAACAUUUACAUGACUGGAAAUGUGGAUCCACGGGAGACGAACGAGAAGGCCCUGGCCGGGUACUAUGGCCAAAACCUGGAUCGACUCAAGCAUAUCAAGAGGGCAGUGGACCCGAACGAUGUUUCCCACAACCAGCAGAGUGUCCCUGUGUCUUGA